AUGUCUUCGGUGGAGGAUGGAGAGCCCUUGCUUCUCUGGAAUGCACACAUCCUGAGUCUGAGCCAUGAGAAAGUCGUCAUCAACAACUGGAUGUACGUGAAGGGCGGGCUUAUCCAAAAGGUGGGUCCAGGCGAGCCGCCGCCCCUCGAAGGAAAGAAGCUGGACUUGGAGGGGCGGACUGUUUUGCCUGGACUGGCAGACAGCCACUUGCAUGUUUUCGCGUUGGGGAAGGCAGAUGCCGCGGUGAACCUGGGUGAUUGCAAGUCCAUCGCAGUGUUGCAGAAACGGACUCGUGAGCAUCUGGAGGAAGACCCACCCUCGAAACUCCUUGAAGGCAUGGGCUGGGAUCAAGACCUCCUUGGCCGGAUACCCAACAAGGUUGAUCUUGAUGCCUGCGUCCCUGACAUACCGGCCGUGUUCUAUCGGCGGUGUCACCAUGUCUGUGUUCUGAAUUCCGCGGCUCUGCGCAAGUGUGGCAUCACAUCAGAGACCCCAGAUCCAGAUGGCGGUGUCAUUGAGCGAGAUGCCGACAGGCAGCCAACCGGGGUUUUGAAAGAAAGCGCAUUGACGCUGCUCCUUGAAAACCUGAAAGAGGAGGAGUCGUUGGAGCGGGAGAAGGCGAUUCUGCUGAGGGGGCUGAAGCUCUGUGUGGAGAACGGUGUCACGUUCCUGCAAUCGAAUGAUGGGAAGACUCUGGGAGGAAUCCGGCGACCGUUUGACGCAUAUGCCUCCUUGGCAGAUGAAGGGAGGCUACCAUGUCGAAUAUUCUUGACGAUCGAGUGGCAAGCAGUGGGAGAGGAAGGCAUGCCCAAGUCGAAAUCAUCGCAUCCCUCGGGCCUUCUCUCCUGCGAUCGUGCGAAGAUUUGGACUGAUGGGGGCCUUGGCGCGAGCACAGCUGCGAUGCUCGAGCCGUAUGCGGACAAUCCGACAAACAGUGGAGUCAUGCAGAUGACACGUCCAGAAAUAGACUCCACGCUAGCGCUUCUGAAGAAGCAUGGAUUCAGAGUGGAAGCCCAUGCAAUUGGUGACCGAGCAGCCACAGAUCUAGUUGAUGCCUUCGAGAAGUUUAUGCCUGGCAGUCAACGGCCUGUGCUGACACACUGCCAGUUUAUGAAUCGGGACUUGGUGAGCCGCAUGUCGAAGCUGGGAAUUAUUGCCAACGUUCAGCCGCAGUUCGUGCCGUCCGAUCUUCCAAUCGUUAAAGCUCGAGUAGGUGAGGCCACGGAGCGAUACAGAUAUGCCUAUGUCUGGAGGACUUUAAUGAAGAGCGGCGUGCACGUCGCCGGUGGCAGUGAUGCACCUGUCGAGUCUCCCACUCCGCUGAUUGGCAUGGCUGAUGCGAUGGAGCAUGCCUUGUUUGAGUCAGAGAGGAUGAGCUUUGCCGAAGCUCUGUCCAUGUAUACCACCGAAGCUGCCUAUGCAGCCUGGGCAGAGGACCGCCUGGGUAGUCUGGAGGAAGGAAAGCAGGCCGACUUUAUCGUCCUCUCGUUGCGAACGAAGAGCGAACCCACUGCGGCUGAAUUACGCAGUGCCGCAGUUGAGAAGGUGUUCGUGCAAGGAAGCCAGGUCCAUGAUCAGAGUGAUCAGAAUGAGCGAAAGAGGCGCCGCUUGACUGUGGGAGAUGCACCGGGAAAGAACGGAGCUCCCCUUUGGAUCUCGGGGCGAUGCCCAUGCCCUGCAUGCGACCCCUGA